CAUUCGUCCGCGCCCGGGCUCUGCUCUUCCGCUUUGCGCGGUCUCUGGUCCGGUUUUCCGGGCCGGAGUUUGUCGCGGGCUCCCCGCCCUCGGGGCUCCCCAUGGAGGAGACGGCGCGCCCGGCCGCAGCCUCGGAUGCUCGCACCUCGCACCGGACGGCGACGGAGGCGCUGGCCGCGCGAUCGCUGGGCAGGUUUGGAAACCGUAUCCUCGCCUGCGGCACCAGCAUUGCAGCCCUGAGAUCCAUGUGACUCGGCAGCUCCUCCACAGCAAACGCCAUGAGCCCGGGGCGGGGGAAGUAUGACUUCUGCAUCGGCCUGGGGCUGGCUAUGAGCUCCAGCAUCUUCAUUGGAGGGAGCUUCAUUUUAAAGAAGAAAGGCCUUCUGCGACUGGCCCGCAAAGGAUCCAUGAGAGCAGGUCAAGGUGGCCAUGCAUAUCUUAAAGAGUGGCUGUGGUGGGCUGGACUGCUCUCAAUGGGAGCCGGUGAGGUGGCCAACUUUGCCGCAUACGCCUUUGCCCCAGCCACCCUCGUGACUCCGCUGGGAGCGCUCAGCGUCCUCGUCAGUGCCAUUCUUUCUUCCUACUUCCUCAAUGAAAGGCUGAAUCUUCACGGGAAGAUUGGGUGCUUGCUGAGCAUUCUGGGCUCCACAGUAAUGGUUAUUCACGCGCCAAAGGAAGAGGAGAUCGAGACUUUAAACGAGAUGUCACACAAGCUCGGGGAUCCAGGUUUUGUGGUCUUCGCAACCCUUGUGGUCAUUGUGUCCCUGAUACUCAUCUUCGUGGUGGGACCCCGCCACGGACAGACGAACAUUCUCGUGUACAUCACCAUCUGCUCUGUGAUCGGAGCGUUUUCCGUCUCCUGCGUGAAGGGCCUGGGCAUCGCGAUCAAGGAGCUGUUUGCUGGCCAGCCUGUCCUGCAGCACCCCCUGGCAUGGGCCCUGCUCCUGAGCCUCCUGGUGUGUGUGAGCACACAGAUCAACUACCUGAACAGGGCUCUGGACAUAUUCAACACUUCCCUCGUCACUCCCAUCUACUAUGUCUUCUUCACCACCUCCGUGCUCACCUGCUCGGCGAUUCUCUUUAAGGAGUGGCAGGACAUGCCAGUGGACGACAUCAUCGGCACCUUGAGUGGCUUCUGCACUAUCAUUGUGGGGAUAUUUCUGUUGCACGCCUUCAAAGAUGUCAGCUUUAGUCUAGCAAGCCUUCCCGUGUCCUUCCGAAAAGAUGAAAGAGCGAUGAACGGCAAUCUCACUAAUAUGUACGAAGUUCUAAGUAACGAAGAAAGUGUAACCUGUGGGAUUGAGCAGCACACUGGGGAGAAUGUCUCCCGAAGAAAUGGAAAUCUGACAGCUUUUUAAGAAACAAAAAUUCAAAAGUUGAUAAUUGUUAUAAAGUGAACUUUAGAAUCAGAAUGUGUCGAAAAAAAGCAGUGUUUUCAAACAAUGUUCUCUAGAGACAAUCUUUUUUAAGGUCUUACUUAAUUUGGACCAAGAAAUUACUUUUCUUAUAUUUAAAUGAUGGUAGCUCACAAAAAUAACCUCAUUACCUGGCCAAUUUUUGUUAACUUUGUAUUAUCGUAGCGGUAUUAAAAUUUUUCACCAAAA